CUGGAGAGCAGAGGCGCGAUGGCCGCCGGCGACCGGGCAUCCUCCUCCUCCCACCACCACAGCCAUCACCACCCGCCUCCCCCGCCACCGCCCAAGAUCCUCCUCGCCAAGCCGCCGCUGCCGCACGCCUCGUCCUCGGGCGCCGACGACGACGGCGGGGGUCCAGGUGGGGCCGGGGGCCGCGCGCGCCAGGCGCCGCAGCCGGGAUCGCUCAGCCUCGUAUCCGACGCGUGGGAGGCCCACACCGACAAGAUCCUGCCGUAUUUGACCGAGAACAAUGAUUUCAUGGUCAUUGGGGUAAUUGGUCCUCCUGGUGUAGGCAAGUCAACCAUCAUGAACGAGCUUUAUGGAUAUGAUGCAAGCUCACCUGGUAUGCUUCCUCCUUUUCCUACACAAACCGAGGAAGUCAAAUUGAUGGGGAAACACUGUACUACUGGUAUUGACCUCAGGAUUUCUAAUGAGCGAGUUAUACUCCUUGACACUCAGCCAGUGUACAGUCCCUCUGUUCUAAUUGACAUGCUGAGGCCAGAUGGUUCAUCCACAAUCCCUGUCCUUAAUGGCGACCCCUUAUCAGCAGACCUGGCUCAUGACCUAAUGGGGAUCCAGCUUGGUGUUUUCUUGGCUUCUGUUUGUAAUGUAUUGUUGGUCGUGUCAGAAGGGAUGAAUGAUUUGUCCAUGUGGGAGCUCAUGCUUACAGUUGAUUUACUGAAGCACAACAUACCUGAUCCAUCCUUGUUGACCUUGUCAGCAUCCCAAGACAAGGAAAACAAAAAUGAUGACCAAUCGGGCAGUGAAGACUACCUUUCUGAUCUAUGUUUUGUGCAUGCUAGAUUGCGGGGACAAGAUUCUUCUCCUUCAAAACACACGCUUCUUAGAAAAGCUCUUGAGAAGCACUUCAGCUCGUCCUCUUUUAGAAUUGGUAGUGCCAGUGCGACAGGCCAAGUUUCUGAUUCAUCAGUUUCUUCUAGUGCGAAAGUUGAGGACUUGACCUCCAGCCGGCAGGACAUAUUUCUUCUUCCCCUGAGAGGACAUGACAACUCGGCAAAGUUUGAGUAUGGAACACACUCAUGCAUGCUGGGAAUGCUUCGUGAUCAGAUUCUGUCAUGGCCGGCAAGGUCAUUCUCAAAGAAUCUCUCGGAGCGCGACUGGUUGAGAAGCUCAGCGAAGAUCUGGGACAUGGUGAAGAAAUCUCCCAUCAUUGCGGACUACUGCAAGGCGCUUCAGAGCUCAGGAUCAUUUAGGAAGUAGCAAUAAUCAAGCAGCUGUCUGUCUGUAGUCCCUGUCCCUCACUUGGGCUGACUCAUUAAGAAUCACUGUUAGAUGAGAUGACCUUGAUGCUGUAACGUGUCAGUAUUCCAAUGUAUACUGGCUUUCUCGUGCCGUGAUUAUAUGUUUCUAGGUACCGCUAUAUAUGUGUGCUGAAUUUCAGGUUGCC